CGCCCGCCCCAGGAUGGCCCCAGCCCUGGCCCACAGCUGCCGCCCGUUCCGGCUCCCCGGAGCCUUCCUGCUGCUCCCGCUGCUGCUCCCACACCCGCACCCGGUCCUGGCUCGGCCGCCCCCUCCACCCCCCGACUCAGCACUCACGGAGGAUGGAUCCUGGCUUGAGGUUGUGCCCAAAGCGGCAGCCUCCAAGCCGGACCUCCCCAUGCAGGCUGCCCCUCGGUGGGCCACAGCUCAAGGCCGCCCCCGCUGUGGUGUGCCCAACCUGCCUCAUGGAUCGCACCUCCAGAACCGGCAAAAACGCUUUGUGCUGUCUGGUGGGCGUUGGGAGAAGGCCAACCUUACCUACAGAAUCAUGCGGUUCCCCUGGCAGCUGGUCAAAGAGCAAGUCCGAGAGAUGAUGGCUGAGGCCUUACGGGUCUGGAGCGACGUGACCCCGCUCACCUUCACAGAAGUGCAGGAAGGCAGAGCCGAUAUCAUGAUUGACUUUACCAGGUACUGGCACGGAGAUAAUUUGCCUUUUGAUGGCCCAGGGGGCAUUUUGGCUCAUGCCUUCUUCCCCAAGACCCACCGGGAGGGAGACGUGCACUUUGACUAUGAUGAGACCUGGACCAUUGGGAACAACUUAGGCACAGACUUGCUCCAGGUGGCUGCCCACGAGUUUGGCCAUGUGCUGGGCCUGCAGCACUCGGCUGAAGCCAAAGCUCUGAUGUCUCCCUUCUACACUUUUCGCUACCCCCUGAGCCUGAGCCCAGAUGACCAACGGGGGAUCCAGCACCUCUAUGGACUGCAGCCUGGACCUCGGCCCAGCCCAGAGCUCUACCUGGGCCAGGCCCCUCCAGCCCUGGGGCCUGCAGUGCCCCCCUCCAGAGAGCCCCCCCCAGCCCCAGGGCCCACCCUGCCCCCCUCCAAAGUGCCUCCCCCUCCCCAGCCUGGCGACAUAGACACCAACGAAAUCUCCCUGGAGCCUGACGCCUGUGACACAGACUUUGAUGCUGCGGCCACCAUCCGGGGAGAACUCUUCUUUUUCAAGUCCGGCUUCGUCUGGAGGCUGAGGGCGGGGCGGCUCCAGCCCGGCUACCCGGCCCUGGCUUCUCGCCACUGGCAAGGCCUGCCCACUAGCCUCGAUGCCGCCUUUGAGGAUCCACAGGGCAACAUUUGGUUCUUCCAGGGCUCUCAGUAUUGGGUGUAUGCUGGAGAGCAGCGGGUGCUGGGCCCUGCGCCACUCUCGGACCUUGGUCUGACAAGCUCAGGCAUCCACGCGGCACUGGUGUGGGGCACAGCCAAAAACAAAAUCUACUUCUUCCACGGGGGCAGUUAUUGGCGUUUCCACGCCAGCACCCGGCGUGUGGACGGCCUCUCUCCUCGCCGGACCACUGACUGGCGGGGAGUGCCCACCGAGAUCAGCGCUGCCUUCCAAGACAGUCAUGGUUAUGCCUACUUCCUCCAUGGUCGCCAGUACUGGAAGUUUGAUCCAGUCAAGGUGAGAGUCCUGGAGGGCUUCCCGCGCCUCAUCGGGCCAGACUUCUUCAGCUGUGCCGGACCUGCCACGCUUUCCUCCAAUGCAUUCCUCUAAGCCUGGUCUGCUCCCCGCUGGCCUUGGAAGCCCUGCACCGGGGCUUAACCCCUCCCCCAAAGCUUCUCUGGGGCUUGGCCUCCCCCGGGAACGACCCUGAACCAGGCAGCACUAUUUAUUCAGGGAAGGAAAUGAGGGCCCUGGGGCGACUGGUUGGGCUCAGGCUCCCCCCCAAUACCCUUGAUUGGAGGUGGCUGAGGGGCGGCUGGGCUUCCAUCUGUACACAGCCUGAGAGCCCAUGGUUUGGCGGCAGAGAGACUCUAGGCCAUGCUGGUUGUGGUCUACACUGGCAGCUCUGUCCCCUGCCUUCUCUAUCAGUGUCCCAAGGCCUCCUUUUAAGAAUCUCAGGUGGGACACCUGCCGCCCCCACACCCUGGACUCCUCCUAAGUGGAGCUUCUCUUUGGGUAUCUUCAGAACUCAUUCUACCCCCUGGGCUGACCGCCGUCCCCACAGGGACCUCAGGGAAGGCCAGGGAGUCCCAGGGAGCAUCAAGUACGUAACAUAAUGCCAGCCUCCUUUCUUCUCUCCAUCCACACCCCCCACCCCUGUCUCCCCUUUUCCCCUUAGCUGUCUCUUUGGAAUAGGCCAUGGAGCCCCGUGGAGGUGGGUGGGCUUACCUGAUCCACUCUAUUGCCCUCAGGAGGCAGGAUGUGGCCCUGGCACACGGCACCAUCCCCCUUCUUUUGCCUGCUCCCCACCCUUGGGCCUCAAGAAGGCCUGGACUUUCCUUGCCCUUCUGCCCUUUCUUGGGGUCCUGUAUCCUGGGAGCUCAGGAAGGAGGUGGAGGGUCCCAGGGGUCUCUGCUCUGAGUCUUCUGCUUUCUUGGGAGCUGCCAUCUCAGUUUCCCCUUCUCCCUCCUCUUCCUGCUCUUUCCUGUUGAGUUGAAGACUCUUUCACUGACUUUGCAAAUGUGUCCUUCCCAGGGCUUGCUGGGUAUGAUUCUCCCUGACCCGUGGGCCGCCUUUUCUGUACCCUGUCACGCUGUGGAGAUCCAAGCUGUUCUCAGCCACCCUCUUCUUAGCCAACCAUGUGGUGACAUCUGUGUGGCCUGGGGCCCUGACCUCCAGGUGGCAUCAGGGGUGGUGAGCAGGGUCUGGAAACCUUGGGUGCCCUCCUGUCUGCCAGGGUGCCCUCCAGGGAACUGCAUUUUCUAGCUCCUCCUGGUAUCCCUCCUUGGGCUUUGGCCAAAACUCAAGCAUCAUGGGAGGUUCUUAGUGAAGUUCCAGUGACACAUGCGGGCAGACAGAUGGUCUUUGGCCUUCUGCCCUCAGGCCAGGCUCCCUUGGAGGGGGUAAUUGCUACCACCACCCUAGCUCCUCUCCCUCUGCCCCUGACAGGCCCCAAGUGUCAAACAUCUGGCCCCUUCCUGGGCUGAUCCUGGGGUCUGCUGAGAGUUGGGUACAUCCUCUCAUUCUCCACUCAGUCCCGUUGAUUCAGCAUCUGUCUGACCCGGCUCAGGCUCGUGCCUCAUCCACGGUCCUAUAGGUCUGCUGCUAGCCUUCCCAAUUCCUCCUUUUCCUCCUUUCUUCUUGCUCUCUGCCCCAGCUACCUGGACACCCCCCAAUCCCACUGACAUGCCCCACUUCCCAGGACACAGGCACGCCCUUUGGGGGAUGUUGCUUCAUCCUUUUCAUGGUAGGAGAGAAGGCCGGUUGGGCCCCCAGCUCAGGAAUGCUAGCCUCCCCCCACCCCCAGCCUCCCUAGCCUCAGAGGAGAGGGAGGGAUGGAGGGCAGAAAGGGCAGCCCAGACUAGGGACAGAACAGACUUGAUGUCCAACCUGGAGAAAGCAAGUCCUUAUGCUUCCAUCCGGUCUCCUGCCUUUAUCCUGAGGGCUGCUGGGGCCUUCCUUCCCUCAGCCCCAACCUGGUGCCCACGGGCCUGCUUGAGCCAUGGGCUUCCAGAGGCAAUAGGUCCCAGAGGUAGAGCUCCGAGCAUGCCCCCUCCCCAUGCCAAGGCUGGUCCUUGUACCUCCCCCAGACAGUCUGGCACAGCUAGCCCUAGACCCGGAAGUGUUCCCUCCAGUCUCACAGUGUUCACAGGACCUAGGUCUGGGCCCAGAAGUGCUGACUCUAGGGGAACUCUGACUACUCUCCCUCCCACUAGACCCUAAGGGUCUGGAGACAGGCAGCUAGGUGCUCUUGGGCCCUGGGCUGGAUGAAGCCAGUUGUGGAGGGCCCCGCUGGGUGGCCUUCCACUGCCUAGGGAUAGGGCCUGUGCUCUGACCUCCUCUGCCAAAGAAGCAAAGCUGUACAGUGUGGAUCAGUGGGCCAUCCACAUGACAAUUAAACAUGGUCUGUUUUCUAUCAGAUCUGUCUAGCCUCCUCCUGGGAAAUGACCCGGCCUUCCUAUCUGGGUCAAUCUCUGCUGUCCUUAUCACCGACAGCCCAGACCCCAAGGGAUCGUCCACAGUCACAAGCUUGGGGCCAGGUUCGAAGGGAUGGAAUUUGAACUCAGCUCCCUUAUGAUGUCAGGGAGGGCAGGAGAGCAGUGAAUGGAGAAGGGCCUUCUCAGACCCUUACUUAGCCGUCUGUGGCCUUGGGUAACUCUUCAGGGCCUUCAUCUGUAAGAUGCUAGAUCGCAGGGUCUUUGUGAGAUAGUGACUGGUGAGAGGUGCCUUCUUAGAAAUAUUGGUAUUCUUAUAAUGAUUCUGUCCAGCAACCAUUCUAGAACGCCACCAUUGGCCCAAGCUCAACACGCCCUGACAGAAGCCUCCACAGGCUGGAGCCUGGGGCUCCGUUUGUACAAAGAACACCAGAGGGAGAAUCCAGACUUCAUUUGGUCCAGCCCCAGAGGGGACAGGGACUUGUCUACAGGCACACAGCCAACAGCUUUCGUCACAACAGCCCUGCAAGGGCUGCGGGUGUGGGCUAGCCCCAUCUCAUGAGGAGCAAACAAAGCUGGCCAGGCUGGGUUGGGGAGGGCCUUGCCCAGGGAUGUGGGGCCAGGAGGACUCAAGCAUAAGACUGCCGAGGGCAGCAUGGUGACGUUCUGGACGUACUGGAAGCAAAUGAGAGACAAAUGUAAAAUCCUUCACCUGGUUCCAAGCAAGCAACAUCCCAAGAAGAAGGAGACCGAGAACCACUUGUCCACAGAUUUUCCUGGCUACCACGAGCCACCAGAGGGGUCUGUGGGCAGGCAUUGAGGAGGAAGUGACUAGUUCCUACCCUGAACCUGGUGCACCCACAGCUCACCUCCCCCCAGACAGCCUUUGACUCCUGAGGAGAAGGCAUGCCGACAGGGACACGUCAUGUAGGGGAGGGGGGAUGUCUAACUGGCAACCUCACGACGCGGAGCUGAGCUACGAAUGCGGGGAACACAGCUUGGGGGGUCUGGAGAAGACUGAGGGGGCACAUGAUGGCUGGGCCCCUGUCCCUGAAAGGCCCUGGUGUGGAAGGCUGGGAGCCCUGAAAGGAGGGGAAUGGAGACCACGAAAGCUCCCUGAUAAUGAGAGGGAAUGGAAGGGCUGACCUCUUCUCUGAGCAGUCUGGGUGACCAGUGGUCCCGGCUUUCUCUUGGGGGGAGGAGUCCAGGAUGACAUGGAGGGACUGGCAAGAUGAGGUGCCUUGGCCAGUCAUAGGGAAGGCAGGAGAGGAAGAUGCUUGAUGGGGAGACCAUAUUGGGUUAGGGAUGAGCUGGGGAUGACUCGAGGUUGGCAGCCGGGGGUGGAAGGACGCUAGUGCCCCCACCUCUGCAAUGUUCAGACAAGUGAGGUCUGCAUGGGGCUGUCUGCCCAGAUCCAAUGUCCAUCAAACAGUGAUCCAGGAUCGGUCCACAAGUGAGCAUCGUCUCCUUGUUUCCGCGAUGCCAGCAACAUGCUUUGCAAUCUGGGAGCUCGGGGCCGG